UCCUACCCAUCUCAUUUUUCUGUGGAGGCGUGGGAGAGAAAAUCGACUUGACAUCGACCCUUGCUUGUCAGAAGUGAACGGCCAUCUGACUGUUCAGACGAUUUCACUGAAAGGGAGUCCUAUCUGUUGUUUGCCGAGAGACGAUCCACCUUACAAAAGCGUGACCAACUGCCUCAAGUGCGCACUACGGACCAGGUGUACAGGGAAAGAGAAAGAACAGCUCUGAACGCUGUGAGCCAUGAAGAUGCUGUUAGCUCUGGCUGCUCUGCAGCUGUUCCUUACUCCAGUUCUUCUGACCCCCAGCGGAGAUUACUGGGGAGAAUGGGCAACUUUUGGGGCAUGCAGCCGCACCUGUGGAGGUGGCAUCAUGGUGAGGACGAGGAAGUGCAUCACGCAGAGGACUGAUGGCGGAAGCAACUGUGUUGGCCCAGCAAAGUCCUACCGCAUGUGCAACGUGAAGGAUUGCCCGGAGGGCGCGAGAGACUUCCGAGAGGAGCAGUGUUCCCAGUUUGAUGGCGCAGAAUUCCAGGGAAAGCAUCACAAGUGGCUGCCAUACUAUGGAGCCGAUAAUCCGUGUGAGCUGAACUGUAUCCCGAGAGGAGAGAACUUCUUCUACCGCCACCGGGCUGCCGUAGUGGAUGGCACCCAGUGCCACCCUGGCAGGAAAGAUAUCUGUGUGGAGGGGGUUUGUAAGCGUCUGGGCUGUGAUAACCGCCUGGAGUCCACGCAGCAGGAGGACCCAUGCCUGCAGUGCGGGGGCAACGGGCAGUCCUGCUACCUGGUCAGGAACACCUUCUCCCAGAGGGACCUGCCCACAGGCUACAAUAGGAUGUUCACCAUCCCCGCUGGAGCCACCACCAUUCGCAUUCGCGAGACUGUGGCCUCUCGUAACUACUUGGCUAUCAAGAACCUCCGUGGGGAGUACUACCUGAAUGGGCACUGGGUUAUCGAGUUCUCCCGUGCCACCCCCAUCGCUGGCACCAUGCUGUACUAUCAGAGAGGAGCCGAGGGUGACGUGGUCCCUGAGACCAUCAUCGGCCGUGGACCCACCACUGAGCCCCUUGUUGUGGAGAUAAUCAGCCAGGAGCCCAACCAAGGAGUAGAGUACGAGUACUACCUGCCCCACGGGCGUUCCAGAGAGGGCUAUUACUGGAGCCAUGGAUCAUGGUCUCCCUGCAGCAGAGACUGUGGAUCAGGAUUCCAGACUCGUCAUGUGUUCUGUGCCAUUGACACAGAGGUGUUCUCCGAUCACCUGUGUGCUGCCCUGCCCCGCCCCGCCAGCAACCGCACCUGUAACACACAGCAGUGUCCUCAAGUCCGCAGGAUGGCGUAUCUGUACGAGCCGCUCAUGUGGAGACCAAUGGACAGGCCACAAGUAUAUGUUUAUGUGUUCAGCUGGAAGCUGGGCGAGUGGAACCAGUGCUCGGUGACGUGCGGCGGAGGUUCUCAGGUGCGCUCGGUGGAGUGUAUUUCCCACGAUGCCGCUGGCCCCCGCGUGGUGGAGGACGCCCAGUGUGAGUCGUACGCCCAGCGUCCGGUCAGCCAGCAGAUCUGUAACGCCCAGCAGUGUGCGGACUACACCUCCUCGGCCUGGAGCCAGUGCUCGGUGACGUGUGGGCUGGGAGAGCAGACGCGUGACGUGGUGUGUGUGGGCAGCGGGGGGGUGCCGCUGGAGGAGCAGGCCUGUAGGGCGCUCCUCAGACCCCCCCACGUCCAGUCCUGCCAGAUGCCCGCCUGCCCACGCCACGUACGCUGGCACGUGGGAGACUGGGGCCUGUGCUCCAAGAGUUGUGGCUCGGGGCUACGUGAGAGGCAGGUGAUCUGCUCUGACAGUCAGAGGAACUUGUUCGGGGUGGAGAAUUGCAGCGCCCAUCCCAAACCCCCCACCGUGGACAACUGCAACAGCCAGCCCUGCUACAGCCCCCAGGAGGUGCCCAGUAUGCAGGAUCCCAGAGGCCAUGACAACACAAUCCACGGAUUCCAGCCCUUCGUUCCAGAGGAUCCUACUCCAGUGAUCAGGCCUGAUGCUGUCGCUCCCACAAACACAGUCAUUGACCCCCACAGCUCGGUCAUCGCUCGCCACUGCAGCCAGACUCGGUACGGCUGCUGCCCAGACGGACGCAGCUCUGCCCGGGGCCCCAGAGGCCAGGGAUGCCCCCGCGACCCCUCCUGCUCCGCCAGCAGUUAUGGCUGCUGUCGUGAUGGGGUGACCGCUGCUCAGGGCCCCUACAGACAGGGCUGCCCCGAGGACACGCCUGCGCCCCCUACAGUCGCUAGCCCCACUCCCCCGGCCACAGACUGCAAGACGUCCAGAUACGGCUGCUGCUUCGAUGGUGUCCAUCACGCUGGAGGUCUCUAUGGAGAGGGCUGCCCCAACCCCCCCAGCAGCACUACGCGUUCGUCCACCUGCUUCCUGCCUCGCUCCGUGGGCCCUUGCGCCGAGUGGACGGCGCGCUACUACUACGACGACGCCCAGGCACGCUGCGUCCACUUCUGGUACGGCGGUUGCCACGGCAACAGCAACAAGUUCCUGUCGCGCCAGGAGUGCCAGACCUUCUGCCAGCAGGAGACGACGCCCGCCAGAGGCAGCGGCACGGGCACCAGCGGUGGGCACACGCGGGACAUGAGCCACGUCUUCACCGUGCCCACGCGCAGCUCGGGCGGCGCCAGCGCCAACGCAGGGGCCAGUAACCCUGGCAACGCCCCCGUCGUCCGCUUCGGCUCCAGCGCCGCCACCAGCGCCUACCGCGCCCGCCUGCACAUGCGAGGCCGCCGCCCCGUGGCACACACCAUGCCCGCCGCCAGCCAGAUAGAUGUAGGAGUGAGUAUUGACAAGUCGGACCCCUCCACGGUGGAGGGGCUGGUUGGCCAGCGGGUGGUGCUGCCCUGUAGGGUCACCCCUCUGCCCUCCUCCACUGUAGUGGUCGAGUGGAAACGGGACGGGACGCCCCUGAACCCCUCCAGGCAUGUCCAGCAACCCAAUGGUUCCCUGCUGGUGGGGCCGCUCAGAGUGGAGGACUCGGGGUGGCUUCUGUGCCUGGCGACGAGGGAGCGCGAGCGCGACCACCGCUACAUCUACCUGUCCGUCUCAGAGUCCCAGGGACGCCUCGAUGGAGCGGACAGGCCCGAGACCGAAGAUGACCGCCAGCAAUUUCCCAGGUUCAGUAUUGACCAUUCGGCGUCGUCGCUGGUGGAGGCUCGGGCCGGUCAAACGGCCAGAUUGACGUGCACAAUCACUCCUGCCUCCGCCAUCCCUACAGUCACCCUGCAAUGGACCAAAGCAGGCCAACCACUCAGCACUGUCAGUAGGCAUUCCCAGCAUUCCGAUGGCACUCUGAUGAUCAGUCAGCUGGUGCCGGAAGACUCGGGUGUGUACACCUGCUCUGCCUCAACCACCCAGCAGCUGGAGGAGCGGCACAUUCAGCUCCGAGUCCUGGGGGACCCCAAGAUCACCACGGCUCCCACCAACGUGCAGGUGGUCCAGGGGAGUAUCGCCCAGCUGCCGUGCGUGGUGACCGGGGACAACGUCAACAUAGGCUGGUCUAGGAAUGGUGUGCCGGUGAGGCCAGAUGGCCGCUCUGUCCAGGUGUCCGCAGACGGGACUCUGAUCCUGAAUAACGUGCAGCCGUCAGACGAGGGCACCUACACCUGCAACGCCUACACCGGCACCUUCUCCGUCAGCGCCGCGGCUGAAGUGAAGGUCAUCAAGUCCCCGCUGCAGGAUGAUAACGGGGCUGCGCUGAUACCCGGCGACUGCGUGGACCAGCCCGAGUUGGCCAACUGUAAGCUGAUCGUCUAUGCCCGCCUGUGCUCCAGCCAGUACUACUCCAGCUUCUGCUGUGCCAGCUGCACCCGCUACAACCAAGGGCUGGACAGGUUUGGGCAGAUUGGGUAGGGAGGAGGCUGGCAUGGACCCAGCGUGCCACUGAGGCCCCAGGACUGAGGUGAACUUUCUCCUCCGCCAGACCUCCCCCCCCCCCCCCCCAGAGCCGCAGCACUUGGGAAGCUCCAUCACAUCACGCUGUGCACAUGUACAAAGCAUUUUAUCCACGUGUUUGUUUGUGUUUGUUUUUUUCGUUUGUUUGUACAAAAAGUCGUGAUAACUGCAUAUGAUAUUUAUCUUGUGAAAACAAAAAAUACUACAGAGAAUGUUUUCUUUCUUUUUUUUUGUCAAUGUUCAGGGAUAAUCUGUUGGUGAAUAUUUGCCUGGUGCUUUUUUUUUUCUCGGAAAGUCAUGGUUCACUGAAAUGAGAUGUUUUUACUGUUACUGUGUACUGGUGAAUGCCUUCAGAGUGUGAAUGUAUGAGUCCACUGUAGGAGGGAGCGAUAUGACGGGCGGUAGACACCAAAUGCACUGGUUUCAACCCCAAAGGUAAACUAUGGGAAUUCAGCACAAGGUGUUCUCAUAGUAACGCACUUAAUCCCACCGAAUAACAAAUUGGGUCACAAUUCAUCCCCUUAUUUCCCUUUGUCAUUUGGUGAAGGCAACAGAUUGCACCCUUGUCCUCGUCCUUGUCAUUUCAUUUACACACACACACACACACACACACACACACACACACACAUUGCCACUCACACACACAGCAACGUUGUACCUAGGAAGGAUAUUGGUGAUUCUAUGGUGAGUCUAUAACCAAGUACUCACAUGACAUUUUGUAAUGUACAGUAAUUAUAUUUUUGAAGAUGCUUCUUUAUACUACUAAGACAACGCAACACAAAAAUGCAACAUAUUCCGAUGACAUUCAGAUGUUCAUUUGAUGACCAUAACUCGAAACAACACUGCCAUCUGCUGGGCAUCUGACAGGUUUUUUUUAGGUUUGUUUUACAUUGACUCCCUACUCCCUAUGAGGGAGUUUGGCCUGCUGGGUUCAUAACAUCAAUAAUAGAAAUAUAUAUAUAUAUUAUACAUAUGUCUAUGCAAACUUUUUUUCUACAUUUUUUCAAAUGACACAUAUGUAUGGACAUUUUCUAUGUUUUGAUAUUCUUUUUAUGUGAAAUGAAAAGCGUAAACAUUAUUUUCCAUAAAACAAUGUUGCCUUGG